AUGUUCAACAACAGCUCCGUCCUUCCAUCGCUUCCCACCGCAUCACCUGACAUCUUCGACAGGCAGCUUCAAUGUGUCCUGACGAACCUGCUCAAGAGGACCGUAUCAUACGACCAAGCCCGCCAAGCCUGUUCCGUGUACAAGGACUUUACAAAGUUGGGACCUAUCACAGCUAUUGUAUUUUGGCUAGUCGGUAUUUUCAUAAUCAUAACUAAUGCUGCGGUGAUCUUGACAAUUAUCCGAACUCGGACACUCCGCAAACCGGUCUACUUUUAUAUGGCAAAUCUGGCCAUGUCAGAUCUUAUGUCUGGUAUUGGACAACUGUAUUAUGCUGGUGUAGAGUACAGUCUGUACAGUAGAUUGUAUAGUACAAAUGUCAUAUUUUAUAGCCAGGUUAUGUCUGCUACAGCUCUAGCUCUAUUCUCUCUGAAUUCCUAUGUUGCCGUUAAGCACCCUAUAUUCUUCCGCAUCCAUUCCGACACGGCUAACCGUGAUGCAGGUAUAGCCAUUGCCUCGUCUUGGCUGAUUCUGUCUUUGGUGGUUUUCACACCAAGUAUGGGAUGGAACUGUCUGGACAUGCCCUCACCAAACUGCUCUGGCUACUACAACGACUCAUUUGUUGGUCUGUCAAUCACUAUGGUCCUACUCCCAGCUAUUAUAAUGUUGUUUACAAAUACCAGCGUUUUCAUAGCUAUUAAAAACCGACAAAAGAACAGACCUGGACAACAAGUAGGGGCCGGGGUAAGGAACCAAAUUCAGGAUGACGCCGAAGCACACAACAGGACAGGGCAACACGACGAUAACCCCGUACAAACUGGGGCUGAAAGAAAGUUCCGAAAAAUUGUAGAAAAAUCUAGGACAGUCCUGAUUCAUGUAGUCGUGGCUUUUGUCUUUUGGCUCAUCUCUAUUCUGUUCAUCCCGAUAUGCCGCAAGAUGUGCCCUCCAUCAACUGGGCCUCGAGGAGUCUACGUACUUCUGCUGAUGACUUUGAACUCAGCGAUCAACCCGAUUACGAGCACUUUGCGCACACCGGAGUUGAGAGAUGGACUCUGGCAAAAUAUGGCAGCGAUCCAUCGGGUACUUGUCGCAGUGUUUAGGGCAAACCCUGAAGACCCACCAGACAGACAGCCUGCAUUACCUGUGAUAGUUGGCCGAGCUCUUUCGGUUGGAGCACAGACUGAACAUGAAGUCUACUCCCUCUGCAACACCACCCGGACCAACAAGACAGGUGUCAACGAUGAGCGGAUGUUCAAUGACACCGGAAUCUUCACCGAUGCGAGUAGUUUCGCCACAGACGUGGUGUUCUUCAACGGUACCCUUUGUUCCAACGACACGAAAACAGCAAACAGUUCUCUACCGACGCCACCUCCCGACAUUGACGAAGUGGCUCCGUGGGAAGACUUGCUGUUCAUCGGACUGUUGGCCAUUUCUGCCUUGGUGGGGACCGUCGGCAACGCUGCUGUCAUCCUGGCAUUCUGCCUCUACGAGAAGGUUCGCACCACUGCCAACACCUUCAUCAUGAACACCAGCUUCUGGGACCUGGUAACGUCUGCCGUCAUCAUUCCACUGACGAUGUCGUCCAUGGUCACCGGUCUGCCGAACUGUGGAGAAGCCUGCUGUGCCUUCAUAGGCUUUCUGAACCUCAAAAGUUUGCCCAAGUCAAACCUGUUGCUAAGGGCCCCGCACGAGCCUCUCGAUCACCGAAAGUCUUACCACCAUUGA